CCUCCACCCCACGCCCGCCGCCGGUUCCGCCACUCUGCAACAGCUCUCACCCAGACAGCCACGCAUCCUACUCUGUCGCCUCCGCCACCAUGCUGCGUCGUCUCUCGCGCGAGCGCCGCGAGUACAUCUACCGCAAGUCGCAGGAGAGCAAGGAGCAUGAGAUCUUCGAGCGCAAGCAGAAGAUCCGCCAGCUGCUUGCCGAGGGCAAGCCUGUGCCGCGCAACCUCACCGAGGGCCUGGAGCAGGAGGGGCGCAGCAACUUCGGCGGCAUGGGCGGCGCGGCGGCACUGAGGGUCGACGAGGGGCAGACCGAGCCGGGCAGCUCGAUCGACUCCGAGUACGCACGGGCGGGUCAAUACGACCCCAAAGUGCUCAUCACUACAUCUCGCGAUCCUUCUUCUCGCCUCACGCAGUUCGCCAAGGAGCUGCGGCUCUGCAUUCCCAACUCGACGCGCAUCAAUCGCGGCGGCUACACGGUCAACGAGCUCGGCGCCGCAUGUCGCAGCAACGGCAUGACGGACCUGCUUGUCGUGCACGAGCAUCGCGGUGUGCCUGAUGCGCUCGUGCUCUCGCACUUCCCGCACGGUCCUACACUGCUCUUCACGCUCAACAACGUAGUGCUGCGGCACGAGGUCAGCGCACAUGCACAGAGCACCGUCAGCGAGCAAUAUCCGCAUCUCAUCUUCGAGGGCUUCAACUCGAAGCUGGGCACGCGCGUGGGCGAUGCGCUCAAGUACUUGUUCCCCGUGCCGAAGGAGGACAGCAAGCGCGUCAUGACGUUCUCCAACGAGCGUGACUUCAUCUCCUUCCGGCAUCACGUCUUUCUCAAGACGUCGCAUCGCGAGGUGCAGCUGGCGGAGGUGGGGCCGCGCUUUGAGAUGCGGCCAUACGAGAUCCGACAGGGCACGCUGGAGCAGAGCGAGGCCGAUGUCGAGUGGGUGCUGCGGCCGUUCAUGAACUCCGGACGCAAGAAGAACCAGCUGUAGUUGCUCCCUAUGACGGCGGGCAGCCGAUGUGUCCAGUGCUCCAUGCUUCAUCUGUAAUUCUACUGCAUAUCAUUCCCGACGC